AUGAAGAAAGGAAGGGGGGAGGUAGAAGAGGUAGAGGAGGAGGAGGAGGAGGAGGAGGAGGAGGAGGAGGAGGAUUCGGUCACUGGAAUGGUUAUUGUAUUCGCCCGAGCUUCCAUAUCCGUGAACGGAAACCACAAUUAUCCGAUGAUCAACUUCUCUUCUUCACAGCCGGAGCGUUGGAUCCUCAUCUCUGCCCGUAUCUGUCAGACGCAUCCAAAUUUUCCAGCUGGGCCCUAA